AUGUGGAAGACAUAUGGGCUGAAAGAUAUAAUGGUAAAUGAUGAAGGAUUUUUUUUCUUUAAAUUCGAUUCAAAGGAAGGAAUGAUGAAUGUGCUGGAGGGAGGCCCAUGGCUGAUUAACAAUGUUCCUAUGUUUGUCCAAAGAUGGAGACCAGGUCUUGUUCUGAGUAAACCACAAAUUAAUUCAAUUCCUGUUUGGGUGAAAGUAUUUAAUGUCCCUUUGGAGUAUUGGAACAGCAAAGGAGUUACUUUGAUUGCUAAUGAGAUUGGGAAACCAAUUGCCAUGGAUAAAAUAACUCAAAAAAUGUGUAAUGAACAUUGGGGAAGGCCAGCUUUUAUGCGAUUUCUUGUGGAAAUGUCAGCAGAAUCUGAAUGGAUGAAAGAGCUAAGUGUGGUCUCAAUUGAUUUUGGGACAGGAGAAAAAGUUGAGUCAAAGUGCAGGGUAGAGUAUGCAUGGAGACCUGAUAUUUGUAAUCACUGUAAAAUUUAUGGGCAUAAAAAUAGCAAUUGUGGGAUUCUUAAUGGGACAAAAGUUGAUAAUAUUGCCGAUGUUGCUGUCAAUAGAGAAGAGGAUGGGAAAAAAGAGAAAAUUGAUGAUGAUGGGUUCAUUUUAGUCACAAAGAAAAACAGCAAAGGGCAAAAAUUCAACAAUGGUGUGAUUAUUAAUGAAGAAGGGAAAGUGGAUUUAAUAAAGUCCUUGGAGAAAAACACAAAGAUUGUUAAUGAAGAAAUGGAUGUUAGCAAUAAUGAAGCAAUUUCAAGAGAUGUGGAGAAACAAGAAAUGGGAAAAAAUAAAAAAAUUUUAGAACAAGAAAACCAAAAAGAAAUCCAAAAAGAAGAUAGAAGCAAUAAAGGGGCAGAAAAUCGGAAUAAAGGAGGCAAUUAUUCGAAAUUUGUUGUAGGAAAUUUAAAAAAAGAUGAGAAAGAGAGAGGGGUAUUUCAGUCAAAAGAAGAUAAAAAUGGGAAAAAGAGUGGAACGGGGGUGUUUAUUCCAAAAGAAAAAUUAGGAACAAGAGUGAAGAAUGUAAUUGAAAAUUUUAAUGCCAAGAAUGAUGGAAUGCAGGGGAAAAAAGAAGAAAGUCAGAAAAAAGUGUAUAUCCCAAAGAAACAAAUGGAGUUUAAAGUGAGUUCUAAUUUUGAUUAUAUAGGCUCUACUUCAGGAAAAGAUUUUCAAGAAGAAAUUAUAACUCAAAACCCUUUUGAUGUUCUUGCUAAUUUGGGUUUAAGGGAUAUGUCUUAUCUUGAUGAGAUGGAUCCGGAGAUUUUAACUGGAGGUGGCCAGGAGAAAAACACCGAAAAUGAAUUUGUUGAUCAAUGUUGA